AUGGCACCCAAGGCUUCUGUUUACGACAACGCCCCACAGCCCAUCAAGGGCCUGUCAAACGCCAACCUAAAACGGCUCGCAGCCACCCUAUUCGUUCUCACUAUCCUCAACACCGAGCACCUCAUCUCCGCUGGCCACCUUGCCGAGAUUGUCAAGGCUGACCAGUUCAUCCGAUCCUCAGGCGUACCCCAUCGCCUUCCCUACAAUCACAACGUCAUCGUCAUGCACAUCAACGCCGGAAUGGACCCCAACGACCCCCGGCGCUUCAUCGAGUGGGAUACCGAAAACAUGGUGUCCGAAUUCCUCGACACCAAGCCUUUUACCCUCGACGAUUUCGGCAUCCAAAAGCAUCAUGCCGGCAUCCCCUUCCUACCCCAGUCCAACUCCCUCAACGCCGAGCAAGAGGCCUGGCUCAACGACCAAAUGUGGGACGCCGUUUUGGGCGCCAAACGCGCUAAGGCAAACUCCCGCGCCAAGCCCAACACAGCCGCUCGCGCGACCAGCAAACCUGCUAACAACCGCCCCGCUAAACCCAUUCCCAUCGCUCUCACCCCCGCUGUGGUCACUAAACCCUCCGAAGCGAAGACCAGCAGCACCGAUACCCCCAAGAAAAAGCGCAAGCGUUCUUCAGGAAAGAACCGACUCGCGAAGCUCGAGGCUGCGAAAGCCGCCGCCACCAAGAGCACCACCAAAUCACCCAUCCCCAAUACCGAGGACGGAACCGUCCAGGCCAACGAUGAGCCCAAGGACGCCGAGAUGGUCGACGCGUCCGCUUAG